GGAUGAUCAGCUACCAUCAUCAGUCUUUUAAACAAAAGUUCAAGAAGGUUUCACAGCAACUUUACUGUAGACUACUUCCCCGACCGCUGACAUGUCUGCAAUUAAUAGCUGGUGGAUUCCAUGCAUUGUUUUACUUCAUUCCGCUUAUUUGGGAUCUUGUGAUUCAGACUCUGGAAUAGAUGGAACCCAGCCUGAGCUCUUCAUUUUCCACCAGUCGUGCGCCCUGAAGAAGGACGAAGGGCCCUGCAAGGCAUUAAAGGAGCGUUUCUACUUCGACAUUGACACGGGCCGCUGUGAGGCCUUCGAGUUCGGCGGCUGCAGAGGCAACGCCAACAAUUUUGAGACCUUGGAGGCAUGUGAGAAAAUGUGCCUGGUGUCUGUUGACAAGAGUCCCUGUCACCUGGAGGAGGCUCCGGGGCCAUGUCGAGGUCUGGUAACUCGCUACUUAUUUGACAACCAGAGCCAGGAGUGCAAGCACUUCUACUAUGGAGGCUGCUUCGGCAAUGCCAACAACUUCAAGAGUAUGAAAGAGUGCCAGGCUAGAUGCCAGAACCCAGAAAACCCCACUGUGGCCCUUAAAUUGGAUGUGGCCCCUAAAUUGGAGGUCACCGUCCCAGAACCCCAUAGCCAGCCUAGUGUGCAGUCUCUCAAAGUAACUGACUUCAAUCCUCCGGACUUGUGUCUCAGUCCCAUUGACAAGGGCACAACAUGUGAUGGAGAGGAGAGAACUGAGAGGAGAUACGUGUACAACCCCAAGACAAAGAGGUGUCAGUCGUUGCGCUACAAUGGCUGCGGGGGCAACAAGAACAACUUUGUCCACAAGAGACACUGCAUGAAGAUGUGUAUGAAGCCAGAUCACCAUCACAAAGGGAAGGUCAUUCGUAUAAAGAAGAAGAACAGCAACAUCUUGUUUCGAUCUGUCUAAAUCAAGGCUUCAUAUUAAACCCUUCCUACAUCUCAUUAAACACUUCCUACUUCCUAUUAAGCCCUUCCUACUUCAUAUUAAACCCUUCCUACUUCUCAUUAAACCCUUCCUACUUCCUAUUAAUAUGAAACCCUUCCUACUUCCUAUUAAACCCUUCCUACUUCCUAUUAAACCCUUCCUACUUCCUAUUAAACCCUUCCUACUUCCUAUUAAUAUGAAACCGUUCCUACUUCUCAUUAAACCCUUCCUACUUCCUAUUAAACCCUUCCUACUUCCUAUUAAUAUUAAACUGUUCCUACUUCUCAUUCAACUCUUCCUACUUCAUAUUAAACCCUUCCUACUUCCUAUUAAUAUUAAACCCUUCCUACUUCCUAUUAAACCCUUCCUACUUCCUAUUAAAUGCUUCCUACUUCCUAUGAAUAUGAAACCCUUCCUACUUCUUAUUAAACCCUUCCUACUUCCUAUUAAACCCUUCCUACUUCCUAUUAAUAUUAAACCGUUCCUACUUCCUAUUAAACCCUUCCUACUUCCUAUUAAACCCUUCCUACUUCCUAUUAAUAUGAAACCCUUCCUACUUCCUAUUAAACCCUUCCUACUUCCUAUUAAUAUUAAACCGUUCCUACUUCCUAUUAAACCCUUCCUACUUCUUAUUAAGCCCUUCCUACUUCCUAUUAAUAUGAAACCCUUCCUACUUCUUAUUAAACCCUUCCUACUAAUAUUAAACCCUUCCUAUUAAUGUUAAACCCUUCCUACUUCCGUUUAAUAUUAAACCCUUCCAACUUCUUAUUAAACCCUUCCUACUAAUAUUAAACCCUUCCUAUUAAUGUUAAACCCUUCCUACUUCCUAUUAAUAUUAAACCCUUCCUACUUCUUAUUAAACCCUUCCUACUUCCUAUUAAUAUUAAACCCUUCCUACUUCCUAUUAAACCCGUCCUACUUCCUAUUAAACCCUUCCUACUUCCUAUUAAACCCUUCCUACUUCCUAUUAAUAUUAAACCCUUCCUACUUCUUAUUAAACCCUUCCUACUUCCUAUUAAUAUUAAACCCUUUCUUCCUAUUAAUAUUAAACCCUUCCUACUUCCUAUUAAACCCUUCCUACUUCCUAUUAAUUAAACCCUUCCUACUUCCUAUUAAACCCUUCCUACUUCCUAUUAAUAUUAAACCCUUCCUACUUCCUAUUAAACCCUUCCUACUUCCUAUUAAUAUGAAACCCUUCCUACUUCCUAUUAAACCCUUCCUACUUCCUAUUAAUAUUAAACCCUUCCUACUUCCUAUUAAACCAUUCCUACUUCCUAUUAAACCCUUCCUACUUCCUAUUAAUUAAACCCUUCCUACUUCCUAUUAAUAUAAACCCUUCCUACUUCCUAUUAAACCCUUUCCUACUUCCUAUUAAUAUGAAACCCUUCCUACUUCCUAUUAAACCCUUCCUACUUCCUAUUAAUAUGAAACCCUUCCUACAUACACUACUUUUGAAUGAGUCUUUCUUUAUAUCAUUCUUAUUUGACUUUGGUAUGUCCUUGUAGUCUUGCAGCAAUUGUAUCAAAGGCUUAUUUUGGCCUAUUGUGUAAUGUUGUAUUGCUCAUUGUAACCUUUUAACACUUUGUAAGAAGAUGUUUUUAGUAAUAUCACAAUUGUAUACAUUUUUUACUGUCACAUACCAAAUACCAGUAUAUAAUUGUAUUUGUUUUUCUUCCUGAGGACACCAGACAAGUUGUUUUAUUGACAAAUGAUGAACAUUCAUUAUCCCAAAAGCACUGUACAUGUAAUAUCAUACAAUAAAUUACAUUAUCUGUA